GACCUGCUGAAGCUCCAACACAGUAGGUGACGGUAAUGAACCUUUUGUGGUCGGUGAAGCCACACAGAAGAACCGGACGGUCUCGGAUGCUUUAUGGUUGGGGGAUGGUGCUGGUGCUAGAGCCUGGCGGAGUUUCAGUGCAACAAGGCGAGUGAGGGAGCUGUAUAGAGCCUCUGUAACUGCCCCGCUUUACUGCCCGCACAGCACAACGCAAAGUUUCCUCUCGCUUAACGGCUGACUCGAUAAAAACACUCCGCUGCUGGCUGAGAAGGAACUGAGAUUUAGCAAAGCCGCUUUGGCUUUUUAGAACCUUUGCCAGUCCACGUCGGAGCCCAGAAGCAGCUGGAGCAGCAGUGAAAGCACACCGGGCUUAAAGAGCCACUGUGUCCCGGAUUCCGCCACUUACUCCGUCUGGGAGAUGAUGAUGAUGUGGAGGCGCAGCUGCUUUCAGCAGACAAAGAGCUGAAGGGACACAGAGGGUGAACUGAAGGGCCUACAGGGUUCAUACACAUCCACUUACCCCAGAAACCCUCUCGUGAUGUCGACGUGAAUCCUGUACUGCUUACCUGGGCGACUGGAAUAUGGGACUUGUGUAGCUAACGUUAGCUGGACGAGGUCUCCGCAUGAACAUAACGGGUUAGCGAGCCAGGGCUGUGGAGCCACAGGCCUCUGUAACCACUCACCUUAUUUUUAGGCGAGUUGAAGAAAUUAACCUGCCGAAUUAUUAAAAGAAUCCAGAGACAUGGGCUUAAUUGUGGCCAAACUUUGGAGUUUUUUCUGCAAUCAAGAGCACAAAGUGAUCAUCGUGGGUCUUGACAAUGCAGGAAAGACCACCAUCCUUUACCAGUUCUUAAUGAAGGAGGUUGUACACACGUCUCCAACAAUCGGCAGCAACGUUGAAGAGAUUGUGGUGAAAAACACACACUUCUUAAUGUGGGAUAUCGGUGGACAGGAGAGUCUUCGUUCGUCUUGGAACACCUACUACUCCAACACUGAGUUCAUCAUCCUGGUAGUGGACAGUACAGACAGAGAAAGGCUUGCUAUCUCUAAGGAGGAGCUGUACAGAAUGCUGGCCCAUGAGGAUCUGCGUAAAGCAGCUGUGCUGAUUUUUGCCAAUAAGCAGGAUAUGAAAGGCUGUAUGUCUGCAGCAGAAAUCUCCAAGUAUCUGACGCUCAGCUCCAUCAAAGACCACCCAUGGCACAUUCAGUCCUGCUGUGCACUUACAGGAGAAGGGCUUUGCCAGGGCUUGGAGUGGAUGACCUCAAGGGUGGGCCUCAGAUAGCCUCCAACUUCUGUUCAGGACUGACUUACUGACAGCCUUUACCACCAGCUCUGGUGGCACCUCAGCCUCACCCUUAUGGCUGCUCCCAACAACAACCCCCCCCCCCCCCCCCCCCAUUUUUAACUCAUGAUCAAUGUUCACUUUUGCGGUUGACCUCUCUGGAAACCUACCUCAGCUUGGAACGACCGGCUGAUUGGUUGAUUGGUUUGAUGGACUACUUGGCUUGACCAGUCCUGUUUCAGGAUCAGUUUAACUAUGCCUGUGAAAGAAGGGAGUAUACAGCAUCUGAAGUAUUACUGCUCACAGAGAGGUGUGAGUGUCAGUCAGUCUUGUUUGGAAUAGAAGUUCUCUAUUAUGAUUUAGGAACAAUAGAACAGUUGGCUUUCUGGUGUAUUUUAUUGGGCAGAACACUUUGAUGGAUGCACGUUUGCCUAGUGGAGAAAUUAAUUACAUCUUUAUUUUAUUAGUAUUAUUAUUUUUUUAAGGUCAUCUCAUGGUUCAUGAAAAACUGUUUGUUUUGGGGGAAACUUCUGUGGGGUGUCUGUAACACACCCAGAAACACCACUACAUAUCAUGAACAUUUCAAAGCAUAUUGGAACAUGCGUUACAUAUCAUGUAGCAUUACCUCAGUCCUCCAAAAUUAAGAAGACUGUGCCACACAGAAUAAAAAUACCCUGUCAUUUCAGCCCUCCAGUUUCAUGGCCAUUGAAAUGUGGGAACUUGCUUGGUUGUUGAUGAGGACUUUUUCAUUUAUUUAAUGAUAUAGAAAUUAAAGUUCAUGAAAAAUAGGAUAAGUGGCCACCAUGUGUUUUUCUUAUGUCACAUAAUAUGAGGCAGUUUUCUACAGAUUAGGAGCUUUCAUAAGAUGACAGUAGUCAUACUUAUUUCAUGGUGCUAAGGGAGUGUUCUAGGUACUAAGUGUGAUUUAGUCCAUUUCCUUUGCCUUGUAAUCCACCAGGAUGUGAUUUGUUAAAUUGUGGUUACUUUAAAGCAGGGGUCACCAGUCUUCUUCACAAAGGCUUAUAUGACUGCAGGUCUUCAUUCCAAUCAAGCAGGAGCUCCUGUCAUUUAGCAGAUCAGAUGUUAAAGACUGUGACCAACUUAUUAAACAAAUGGAAUCAGGGUUCUGUCUCACGAAGCAGGUCCAGCAUAGAGACAGCACCUGCGUCACAAAGGCCAAAAAAGCAGAACUGCAGUUAACUUGUUUCACAAUGACUGUUACUCCAGGUUUAGAUACUCAGGCUGUACUUGCACAUGAUGUUUCAGAUGAUCGGUCAGUCACUGAGGAGCUGAGUGCUUUUUUGCUUUUUUUAUUUUUUUUUUUUUUAUUUCAAGAAGGACAAAGAAAUCUACAGAAACGUAUGAAGAAAAUGAGACAUUUAUGACCAUUAAAAAGGAAUCCUGUCUCCACUGCCACUGCAUCAGUGCUUAUUGGUUUUAGAAUUGCUUUGUAUUUUAACAUCUGCAUAUUACUGAUUUGCAUUUUGCUCCCAAAAACGUGAUGUCCAGCAUGCCUGAUUGGUCAGAGGCUUGUGCUGAUUGGUCCAAAAGCUGUCUAUAAUCCAAAAUCCUGAACUUAACCUGCCCUGGAACAGGUUAAGUGUGCAGUAUGUGUUGCCAUGGUUUUGUAUCCUGUUAAAAAAUGACACCCCCCCCCCGCCUGGCUAAGCAAGAAACCAGCAGCCAUGCUGUCCCAUCACUGAUGAGACUUGACCCCUCCUUUAAAGUGAAAAGGAUAUGGAGAACUGGCUCAUAUUAUGUGUUCCUUGGCUUUUAGUGAGGAUGAUACAUGGGUUAACUUGAAAUUCCUGAUCUACCUUGUAGUUAGCUGUUGCUCUAUUGUUACAUUUCAGGUACUGGCUCAAGAUUUACAAUCAUUACUGACAUCAGAGGAAAUGCCCAGUUCUAAAGAACAAGCAGCGUGGCAAUGUGCAACAUUUGCUGUGUAAUUUAAAACGCAGCAGCAGUUGCUGAGGACCUGACACUUUUUUUUUUUCUUUUUUUUUUGGUGCUUUUGUGUGCGAUCAUGAACAUUUGUGCUGCUUAUAUUAGCCUGCUCACUGUUCAGGUUGGAGGCAGAUGGCCUUUGUUUGAUGCAGAUGGAGAUGUGCUUUUGUAGAGAUAUGAUGAGUAAAUUGUGGUCAUCUCCACCCCAUGGUUCUGGCACAGGAAAUGACCAGUAUUGAGGUCAGUUACCAUGGCAAUGUCAUGUUCAGAAACUAUGAUGUGAAGCUCAAUUUUUUUUACAAACUGUGCUUCAACAGGUUUUUUCCUUCUUUCAUUUCUGUUCAUGUAUUGUUGUCUGAGUUUUCAGUAUUGUGUUCAGGCUUACAAGCAGCUUUAAAUUUGACUUAGAAAUCUGCUCCGAUUAGGGAUCUGUUGAAGACCCUGAAACCCUGACCCUGAUCCUCUGUGCUUUUAGAAAAGACGGUUCUUUAGUAAAGGGAAUCUAUAUAGAACCAUUUUGUAUGUAAAUGGUUCUUUGCAUGGUGAAAUAGGUGAUCAGAUUAAUGGGAGAAUGUGUUGUAUGUGGUUCUAUAUAGAAUCUUUUUGAAUCUUUUCAUUUUUUUUUUCUUCAUGGUGCUACAUAGAACCAUUUUCAGAAAACCUCUAUAUAAGAUGCACUUCACCAUGCCAAGAACUACUGAAGCCUGAAACCGUUCUCAGUACAUUUCCAUCACUAAAGAACCCUUAUUGAACCAUCUUUUUUAAGCAUGCAUGACUUCAGAAGAAUUGCUGUAUGGUUACAAAGCAUAAAUAUAUGAAUUGAUCAGAGACACAAGUGAAGAUGAAAAGGAUUAUUUAAUCUCAUCCACAUAGAGCUGAACAAUUUGGGGAAUAUGUGUGAUUUCAGAGCAAUAUUGCAAUUCAAACGUGAUUAUUUUCUAGAAAUGAAUCUCCAGGCCCUGUUUUGCCAAGAAGACUAGCACAUCCAUUUUUUUUCUGGAAACCCUGAGUACAAGUUUUGCAUUAUCAUGUUAAAUUUCCCACAUAAAACCUAAGACAACCUCAAAUAAUGGAAGGUAAUCAGAAUGUGCAACUCUUGCAAUUUGAAAAUUGCACUCUUUCAGAUUUACAUUUUUGAUAUAAAAUGUUUCAUCAUUUAAGCUCUACGCCCAACUGCCACAAAUUGGUCAGCUGCCUUUAAAACCCAGGUCAUUCUUUGUAAAAGUAUGUAAAUGUGUAACUGUUAUUAACCUAAUCUGAAUGAGCAGCCCGGUGUUUGUUUAACCAACACCACACGCCUGGAGUCAGUAAAGGUUUUAUCUCACUGUCUUUAAGUGAUGGUUUAAUCACAAGAAUCUGGGAUUAUUUUGUUUGCAUGUGCAUCUGCAAGGACUUUUUUUUUUUUUUUUUUGGUCUGGAUUGCAAGGGAAGUCUGGUAUCUUUCUGCAAAGGGUCAAAGUUCACUAAGUGGACUGUUGAGUUAUGGCACAGAUGAUUUUAUCUGUGGUUCACUUGAUCCCUCAUUUCAAAGGUCAGCCCAUUCAAUAAACUCUCAAAUGUGCCAUUUCAACAUGAGCAGAAGUAUGUGCCAACUUUCGUAAUUCUGUAAUUUUAUAAUAAAUGCUUUUAUUUUGAAA